CCCCUAUAACUAGUUAUUUCCGGUAUUUGACCUGUGCGAGACUCCACCAAAGGCUUGUGUUAACAAGAGGGGAAAACAAAUAUUAACCAAAUAAGGGCACCAAAGCCCUACGCCAGAGUGCAUUGGCCCUUGUGAACCUUUGGGACAUUGUGAUUCUUCAGUUACUUGCAAAAGCUAUUUUGAAGAGACUGUUCACGAACUAGGCAUGAAAAUCGGUGCGGUUAAUGCUCUGUCAUAUGAGGAUUUUGUGGACGUGUUUGGGAACGUGGUUGAAAAAUGCCCAAUAAUAGUUGCCGCAGUGUGGUCAAGACGUCCAUUUGCGAGUCUCUUGGACAUGGAAGUCUCUAUUAAUGAAUUUAUCGAGGCCCUCCCCGAAUCAGGUAAAGAAGGAAUUCUCAGAUGUCAUCCUGACCUCGCGGGAAGGGAUCUCCAGAGCGGCACUCUGACCGAAGAGUCGCGAGAGGAACAGGGCCAUGCUGGGCUUGACACUCUGGACGCGGCAGAGAUCUCGCACAUGGCGCGCCUCAACAUAGAAUAUAAACUGCGAUUCGGAUUCCCAUUUGUGAUAUGUGCUCGCAUGAACAACAAGGCGACCAUCCUGCGCGAGCUUUCAGAGCGCCUAAAGAACGACCGCGCAGUGGAGUUGGCUGGUGCCAUUGAGGAGGUGAAAAAGAUUUGUCACUUGCGUUUGAAAACCCUGAUGCUGCAUGACCUGCCCAACAAGUUGUGACUGCAAAGUAGACAGGCUCGUUUGUCAUGUUUCAAGGUGGCUGAAUAGCCUAGACUUGCAAUGCAUGUGAAUUACUCUACAAUUUGAGAAUUAAUUGAUCCAUGAAUGUUGUAUUCAUUUUUAUUAGCCUACAUGAUAAAAAGGCACAUUUUAUCGUUUUUUGGUAUUACAUAAUUGAUAUAACCAUUUGCCUAAACAUCGCUGUAGACGCCUAUUCAUAUUUACAACACCUAUACACCACAAUGAUAACCUAAAAGUUAUGAUGUCUUGUUUUUGUUAAGAAUUUCUCUACAACAGAGGCCCAGUUGAUUAACAU